AUGGGGCGUAUGCACAGUCGAGGUAAGGGUAUUUCAUCUUCUGCUUUACCAUACAAGAGGACAGCACCAAGCUGGUUAAAGAUCACCACCCAAGAUGUGGAAGAUACUAUUUGUAAAUUUGCGAAAAAGGGUUUGACUCCUUCUCAGAUUGGUGUCAUUCUUCGUGAUUCUCAUGGAAUUGCUCAGGUUAGGAGUAUCACUGGAAGUAAAAUCCUUCGUAUCCUCAAAGCUCACGGGCUUGCACCUGAAAUUCCGGAGGAUUUGUACCAUUUGAUCAAGAAGGCUGUUUCAAUUAGGAAGCAUCUGGAGAGGAACAGGAAGGACAAGGACUCUAAGUUCAGGUUGAUUCUCGUGGAGAGCAGAAUCCAUCGUCUUGCUCGCUAUUACAAGAAGACCAAGAAGCUCCCACCUGUCUGGAAGUAUGAAUCAACAACUGCCAGCACUCUGGUUGCUUAG